AUGGCUAGAACCAAAACCACCUCAAAACUUUCUGAAAAAUACUCUCAACCACCACCAUCCAACACCGCUGCUGAUCAAUCCUCUGAUCAACGAGUGAAUGAAACUCCUUUACGCACCAUUCUUCAGGAUGAAAUCAUUCCUGCACCCAAAACUCAAAAAUCCUCAAAACCUGGAUCUUCUAAAUCAAUUAGACCUAGAACCAACCCUACCAGACGAUCAACAAGAAUGAAGAAACCUUUGAAGAAACCAAAGGUAUGCCACGUGAAUCUAGUAUCUGAUGAAGAGAAGAAAGAUUCAAGUGUUGAUGAAGAUUCUGAUGAAGAAACAGAGGAAGACCCAGAGGUAGAGGAGGAAGAAGACUCUGAGAAAACUCUCUCUGAAUUGAUAAAAUCAAUGAGAGCAUCUUCAAAGAAAGGAAAGAAGGUUGCUACUCCCUCUCCUUCCAAAGAAAGUUCAUCAUCUCAGAAAAAGAGUGAUGAAAAUGGUGAAACUGAAGAAAGCUCUCCAAAUGAAGAAAAGAGAGUUUCUUCAAAGAAAAGUGGAAAUGGAAAGGAAAUGGCCAAAGCUGCAGAAAAGAUUUAUCAAAGGAGAAAGAAGAUUGAGACUGAAGCCUUCUCUAUGUCUGAAGAGGAAGAUGAAUCUGAAGAGGAAAAAGGUUCAUCCAAGAAGCAUGGAAAAGGUAAAGACAUUGCUGCCUUAAGAGCAUCUAGAGCUGAGAAAAUUGCUCUCAGACCUAUGAGCAGAACCAAGUAUUUCAACCUUGAAAGUUUGGAAACCAAGGCAUGGAAUAUGAAGGAGUUCACUGAACCUCAAGGAUGGACCAACUUCAUAACCCUUCAAGAACACACCUAUGAAAAUUUGGUCAGAGAGUUCUACACCAACCUAUCAGUUCAGGAGAAGAAGAAUGGAAAUGAGAAGUUUCUCAUCUCAUCAGUCAAAGGUGUAAAGAUCAAGAUGACUCAGGAAUUUGUCUCUGAAGCAUUCAAAAUUCCUAAUGAAGCCAUAAAACAAACAUCUGUUGGACUACCCUAUGGAAUGCAUCUAACUUCCAUUUUUCAAAAGGCAAAAGUGCCCCUUGAAGGAGAGAAACGAAAGCUAGAUUUUAUGACCUUUUCUUCCAAGACCUUAGGUCAACUCCACAUUACUUCAUCCAAUAUGCCAGCCCCCAAAACCUCUGGACCCUCUGGAUCUGGUAAGAGAAUUUCUGAUCAGAAUGUUCAGAAAGCUCUUGCAAAGGAAAUUAUUAAAGAAGGAAGCUCUCAGUUCAAAACCUUGAUUGGGGAAGAUGAUGCUCAGAAGGUUGAUGAGGCAUCUCUUCAGAGAGAAACUGAGAAGAUUACGCAAGUCACUGAGGUUCACAAAGAUAAUCAAGCUGAGGAAAAUGAAGAAAUCCCUCAAGAUGCUGUUCCCAACUCUGUUGAUCAAGAUCAAAGAGUUGAAGAAAAUAUUGAGUUUGAUAUUCAGAAUGUUGAUGAAGAAACUCAGGAAGUGGCUGAGAUCUUAGCCUCAAAUAUGAACAUUGAAGAAGAAACUCAAGACGUGGUGUUCUCAACUGGAUUUGAUCUCAAUAUUGAAGAUAUCAACAUUAACUUCAACAGUGAAGUGUUUCAAGAUGGACAAGAAACUACUCAGCAAACUCAAGAAGGUCAGAAUGUUGAAAUCUCUGCUGUUCAAGAUGUUCAGAAUGUUGAAACCUCUGCUGCUCAGAAUGUUGCUGUGUCUGAAGCCCAGAAUGAUGAAGAUGUUCAUGCCAUGGCUGAUCAAGACAACCAAGAGCUUGACGAUCAGCAUGCCUCAAAUGAACUCCCUCUAGAUGGCCAGCUGUCAGCUGAUCCCAUGCCUUUGGCUUCAGAAUUUCUGCCCUCUGAGGAGGUACAGCUCAUGGCCCAAAAUGGUCAGAAUUUUAAUCCAUCAUCCUCCACCAUGGGUUCUGUUGCAGGUGCUACCAACCUCUUGGUCUCUGAUCUCCCUACUCCACCUUUCAUUCCUUCAUCCACUCCACCACCACCACAAAUGAGAACCACCACAACAAGCAAACUUCCAAACAUGGCUGCCUUAUUUGACUCUCUCAAUACCUUUGUGUCUGCAAACAAAGAGCAAGCUGAAGCCUCUGGUCCUGCUGAAUCUGCUAAGCCCUCAAGAGCAGAGAAGAUAGCCUCAAGGGCACUUAGGGUCUCCACCAAGACCCACAAAAUUGCUUGUGUGUUAGCUGAUUGGACUGUCAAAGUUCAGGCUCCUGGUUUGGCUAUUCCACCUCCAGUUUUUAAUGACCCUUCCAUCUUUGAAGCAGAACCAUCUUCUGAUUCUGGAGAUUCCACUCCAUGA